AUAACCAAUCGCGUGCAAGAAUUACCGGUAAGAGGUAUUCUGUCAUUGGUGAAAUUUUUUGACGUAAUAAAAUCCCUAUUAUUAUUGGUAUUCAUGGGUUAGAAACAAUAUUGUUAAUUUUAAUUAUUAUAUAUUUUCAAAUUUUUUCUUUGUUGAGUUAAGGUAUUAAACGCUAUUUUGUCUUUGUAAAAAUAAAAGAAAAAAAUGAUAUAAAUCUGACAGACAAACUGCACUAGCAGAGAUAGUUCCAGUAAGUUUUGGAACGCAAUUGGAAAUCGUAAUUCAUUAUUUCUCUGUAGAUUACCUUAUUAGUGAUAGACUUAAUUAAUCAGAAUGUCAUAUUCAAUACAAUGGAAUAGCAAUAACAUAAACAAAAUGAUUUAACGUUAAUAUAAUCAUCCCCUUCUUUAUUUUCACUAUUUAAUGAUAAUUUGCCGUCAUGUGGAAGUGCCAUAAAUGUGGAAAACCUGUUUAUUUUGCGGAACGUAAGCAAUCUUUAGGAUAUGAUUGGCAUCCAGAGUGUUUACGCUGUGAGGAAUGCGGAAAGCGUUUGAAUCCUGGACAACAUGCAGAGCACAAAGGAGUACCAUACUGCCAUGUUCCAUGUUAUGGUGCUCUUUUCGGGCCACAAUUAUUUGGUCACGGUACGAGAGUAGAAUCACAUACAAGUUUUGGAAAGAAAGAAGUUCGUCCGUCGCUACCAAGGUCACAUUUAGAAUCAAAGUUGAAAGUUUUUAAUCAGUAUUACGAAGGUAAAAGUGGUGGAAUCCGAAGUCGCGAGGUCAAUGGAAGAUUAAUAUUAGAAGGUGCCUUGAGAAUAUAUUGGGGUGUUCGAGGUGUUAUUCAUUUGAAAGAAGACGACGAUCAGCGUACUGUGGUUACUGCGCGUAACAGAAACUCUUGUAGACGUAGCGUUUCAGAGGAUUUGGAGAACGAAGACAAAGCUGAUGUAGCAUUGAAGAGUACAUCGGAAUGUGAUACGGAAAGUAAUACAAAGUCGGUUCCUCAAUCUCCCGAUCAUUUAAAAAGUUUGACUUUGCCUAUGAAGUUGGAUGUUAAAACCAUGGAAUGGGAUGAAUUAGACGAAUUACUUCAGGUCGAGCGAAAGGUAGACGAGGGUAAUAAAUUGUAUUCGACGAUGCCUGAAAAUCUUCCAUCUAUAAGUUCUAAUGCCGAAACGCCAGUUCAUUCUUCCGAGUCAAGUUUCGAUAAAACAGAUUCUCGUGAUAAUUCCGAAACAAGUAGUCCUAACCAUCACGUUAAUAGGGGUAAUGAUAGUAGUAUAAAUAGUACACCGACACAUAGCAUUGGUAGUUCUUCCAGCACUGAUACUCCUAUUUAUCAUGGAACACCAAGCCGGAACGGUACUCUCCGUAGGGUAGAAUAUUUUGAUAAUUUGGAGAAGAAUGCAAUUGGUAAUAGGUCUAUUAGUACCGACGAUAGUUGGAUAGAAAAGGGUUUAAAUCGUUCGAUGUCAGGUCCAGAUUGUCUUCAACGGCAUCGUACGGACAGUGAUACGGAUUCUGUAAAUUCUCUGCAAUUUAGAGAAGACGAUAACAUGACAAUGUCGACUGAUAGUGGUUUGGAGUUGGACGGAGUUGUUCUGAGACGUAAACAAGGAUCCACCGCAAUUCGACGUAGACCAGGUGGUCGACGUCAAUCACGUAGUCGAUUAAGACGUCGUUGUUCUAUAAAUGGUCAUUUCUAUAAUCGAGAAACUAGUUUCUUUACGCCACCACAUGGUUCUCAAAUGUCUGUUUGGGUUACAAGUUUAGUAAACACGCAAGAGGUUAUUAAUCUUAUGCUCGACAAAUAUAAAGUGGACGCGAAGUCGGACAAUUUUGCAUUGUUCGUAGUGCGCGAUAAUGGUGAGCAAAGAAGGUUGAGAGACGACGAGUAUCCGUUGGAAGUAAGAGUAGUAUUGGGACCACAUGAAAAUGUAGCAAGAUUAUUUCUGGUCGAUAAACUUUCUACACCUGAAAUCAGUUCAGAUGUCGCACAGUUCCUUAAUCUUUCAUUAGCAGAAUGCCAUGGUAUAUUGCAACGUUAUCAUUACGAGGAAGAACGACAAAUUGUACUUUUAAAAGAAAAAUACAAGGAGAUGCGAAAGAGAAUAAAACAGAGAAUGGAGGAAUUGAAGGUCCGAUUGUAGUUAAGUGAUUAAAAUCAACGGACACACGCGGUAAUCGGAUCAUUAUUUUUCUAAGAAUCUUCAUUUUCUUUUUUCUUAUAUUGUUGAACGAAUAACAGAGAAAGAAAGAUAUUUAGGAUUAUAAAUAAUUAUAUAAUCGAUCGGUUCCUUCUCGAAAGCCUUGCAAAUUGAAUUUUUAUACUAAAUUAUGUUUUUGCAACGUCCAGUUAAACGUAAUCAAUAUCAUAUUUUCAUUCAUAUCUCUUAGCACUUAUAUAUCAUUUUUACAUCAUUGUUUUUUAUCGUAUAUGUUCGUUGCAUUUAUCUACGGUUGGCAUAUAUAUAAAUAUAUGUGUGUAUGUGCGUGUGUAUGAGCGCGCAUGCGUGUAUAUAUAUAUAUAUAUAUAUAUAUCACACAUACAUACAUUUCAUACAUACAUACAUAUAUAUAUACACACUGCCAAGUUAGUUAUAAUCUGGUGCAAUUCAACAACAGAACCAAAUCUCAAUUAAUGAAUCAGUAAUAUGUAUUGCGUAUGCUAUUUGAUAUCAAAUAAGCAUUACUUUAGUAUGUCCAUGUGUGUAUACGUGCGUGCGUGCACGUGUACAUGCACAUUGUUAUUAUAUAAGGCAAGUUUUUAAUAAUUAGUAUUUGUCUUUCUUGUAACCAUUUAUUAACGUUAUUUACUAUAGCAGUAGAAAUGCAUUACAUUAUUACUGUAAUCUAUGGUCUCGUGGUCUAUCUGAAAAGUAAACAGGUAGUUAGAUUAUAUAGAUUUUAUACAUACAUAUAUAUACAUAUAUAAAUGUAUAUACAUAUAAAUAUGUAAUUGAUAUAGUAUGCAAAUAUCGAUCAGUUAACGAGCAUGCUACGAAUCUCAAAGAUUUAAAGUUUCUCAAAGUAAGCAUUAUGCGUGAAGAAAAUAAUGAGGAUUGCUAUUAUAAACAUGUUUCCUUAUAUACGUGGACAUGUAUCAUAUCUCGUGCAGUAAUAUACUUGUGUUUAUGCUCCUUUCAUUCAGACUUAAUAUCGAACAAAUAAUUCUAUUAUAGCUAUUUAAAAACGAACAAACAAAUAAAUAAAUAAAUAAGUGAAUAAAUAAAGUCUUACUUUUCUGAAAGUAAAGAGAAAAAAGAGAAAGGAGUUAGUUUAACGCGAAUAAAUGUGAAGAAUUUUUGCACAAAUUAUCAAUGAGUAAGAGAAUAAAUUGGUGCUUCGAUAAUACAAGAACUUUUAUAUUUAAUAAAGCUCUUAAUGCUUUUGAUUGUAAAUCAUUCUUUUGUUUGAUUUGAUAGUAUUUUAUAUAGCAUUCCGAGUUAUUGAAAAAGAAAAAGAAAAAAAAAAAAAUUAAAAAAAAAAAGAAAGAAAAUAAAAAAUAAUAAUAAUAAUAACAAUAAUAAUAAUAAUAACAAUAAUAAUAAUAAUAAUAGUAGUAAUAAUAAUAAUAAUAAUAAUAAUAAUAAUGAUAAAGUAAAGAUUUAACAAGCAAUGCAUUUUUUUUAUAGAAAAAAAUAUUCAGAAUGAAAAAUGAUUAUAUAUCAAUUUAAAAUAAGUGUUAGUCCGAAUAACGUAUUUAAAACUUAAAUACUUCCGAUUAUAUAGUUUAGUUUAUAUAUAUAUAUAUAUAAUAGUAAGGUGCAAUGUUGCCUAACACAAUGUUCAUUAUAAUCAAAUUACUUGAUAUAAAAACUAAUAUACUUUGAUUAUAUAUAUAUAUAUAAUUAUAUAUAUAUAUAUAUAUAUAUAUAUAUAUAUAUAUAUAUAUAUAUAUAUAUAAUUAUAUAUAAUUAUACCGACGAAUUUUUUUAGCUGAUUAAGAAACCGCAAUAUAUUUAAACGACUGUCCAGAAUAUUAUACAUUUUUGAGCUAGUCAGACAUGCUACGUGUUAGUUUACUUCGUAUAUAAUUAUCAGGAUUUUAACUAUUUUAUAAUGUAAUAAAGCCAAAAGUGUUUUGCUGGACUGUUAUAAUUAAAACUUAUAAUAUCUUCCGAAAAAAAUAUACAGAUUAUUUCUUCACAAUUAUUGUUCUGAUUAUAUCGUUGAUGGUGCACGAUGCAAUCAUUAAACGUAAAAAAAAAAAGAAAAAAAAAAAAAGAAAAAAAAAUGCUUUAUAGAAUCUAAUGAAUAUUUUAAACAAUAUAUACAACGUUUAAAAGUCGUAGGUAGUAUAAACACGCGUUUAUAUGUCUUUACAAGAUCAAUACGUAUAUAUCAAAGGCAGCAGCAGCAGCAGCAGCAGCAGCAAUAGCUACUGUUAAUUAAUUAAGAAGAGAGAGACUAAUUAAGAGUCAUUAUCGCUGGCUCUAAUAUAGCAUUAAAGUAGUAUUUACUGAACGUUUCAAUAAAUCCUGAAAAUGAGGAGACAGAAUACAUUGCA